UUGAACCAUUUUCAAAGCUAAACGUUCCCUGCUACCACGUAUGGCAACUGUGAUGAAGUAAACAAAUGAAAAUGGCCGGCAUUACCACAAAAACUUCUUUCAUCUUAAAGAAUAUCACCUCAACGAGGAUAUUGAGCGCACCAAGACAAUUCUCAGGUUUUAAAUGGUUUAGAAAAGGACCUGCCCAGGUUUCAACAGCAAAAGUUCUUCCCUAUAGGAAAGCUCAGGAUGGUGACAGUGAAAAACAGCUACAAAUGCCUCAUGACUUCAGGAUAGCGUUUCCAGAGUUUCUGCCUGAUCCAAAACCUGAAUGGAGAAACAGACUCCGCGAAAAGCUGGAACGGCAUGAUAUGUUGGCACGCAGGGCUAUUAUGGAAAUCCCUGAGUUUUAUGUUGGUUCCAUCAUGGCUGUGUCUGUUGGAGAUCCCAAUGCUUCAGGCAAAACAAAUCGAUUUGUAGGGAUUUGUAUUCAACGUGGUGGAACAGGUCUACGAUCAUGGUUUAUUCUUCGAAAUGUAAUUGAUCAUCAAGGCAUUGAAAUCAGGUAUGAAAUGUAUUCUCCGUUAAUUCAAAAUAUUGAGGUGUUGCGACUGGAGAAGCGUCUGGAUGAUGAGCUUCUGUAUCUCCGUGAUGCUUUACCUGAAUACUCUACCUUUCCUCUGGAUAUGAUACCUGAGAUUCUGCAGGAAGGAGCUCCUGUACCAAUUAAUCCUCUAAAGGUGCAAUUAAGAGGUCGGCCAUGGCAUGAGCGGUGGGAGAGAAAAAAUCUACAGGGCGUAAUGGACCUAGGUCUACCUGAAAAAUUCUAUAAACGUGCAAAAUUGCUGGAGAAACCAUGGGAGAAGUAUGAUCUCAUGAAAGAUUACAGAGCAACAAUACCAGAGGAGGAGCAGGUUGACAUCUUCAGAGAAAUAUCUCCUCAAUAUCAACAGUUGGAAGCUUCAAGAAGACACUCAAAGAGACGACGUGCGCAAGUUACUAGAGUUUAAGUCUCCUUCUCCCUCCGUGCUUUCAUUAUUAUUUAAAUUCAAAUUGCUGACAAAAAAAAGUGUACUGCACCAUAGAUAAGGGCAACAUUUUCCUCUUCAGAUAAAAUUGAAUGGUUAUACCUUUUAAUUAAAAUAUAAAUGAAUAAAACUGAAUAAUGAUAGGGAAAGGUUAUUAAACUUUUGAAAUAUUUUGUGAUGACUGUAAAUACUGUUAUUCAAAUUUUAAUCUUAUAAUUAUCAAUAAAUAUUAGUUGUUAACUAAUUGAGUAUUGGAUUCAUUAAUAAAAUUUAGUAAAGUUCAA